CAAACUUGGGCGCGCGCUCGCGCCACUGCGCCCGAGCGAUGAAGAUGGUGGCCCCCUGGACGCGGUUCUACUCCAACAGCUGCUGCCUGUGCUGCCACGUCCACACCAGCACCAUCCUGCUCGGCGUCUGGUACCUGAUCAUCAAUGCCAUGGCACUGCUGAUUCUACUGAGCACCCUGGCUGAUCCAGAUCAGUAUUGCUUUUCAAGUUCUGAACUCGGAGGUGACUUGGAGCUCAUGGAUGAUGUCAACAUGUGCAUUGCUAUCGCAAUUUCUCUUCUCAUGAUCCUAAUCUGUGCAAUGGCUACUUAUGGAGCAUACAAGCAACACGCAGCCUGGAUCAUCCCAUUCUUCUGUUACCAGAUCUUUGAUUUUGCCCUGAACACCUUGGUUGCAGUCACUGUGCUUGUUUAUCCAAACUCCAUCCAGGAAUACAUACGACAGCUGCCUCCUGAUCUUCCUUACAAAGAUGAUAUCAUGUCAGUGAAUCCUACCUGUUUGGUCCUUAUUAUUCUUCUGUUUAUCAGCAUUAUCUUGACUUUUAAGGGUUACUUGAUUAGCUGUGUUUGGAACUGCUACCGAUACAUCAAUGGCAGGAACUCCUCCGAUGUCCUGGUUUAUGUUACCAGCAAUGACACUACGGUGCUGUUACCCCCGUACGAUGAUGCCACUGUGAAUGGCACCGCCAAGGAGCCGCCACCACUUUAUGUGUCUGCCUAAGCCUG